AUGAAGGCUCCUACUACGCAUGUGAAGAGAUUGGGUGCAAUUGAUAUUGUGGUAGCACCAAAAACUACCAACACGCAUACCAUCGCAACCGAUAUUGCAAAGAAUCCGCAGUGGAAUAUACGUCCUUGCAUCUCGAAUGAUGUAGGUGUCACAACCCCAAGUACCAGUAGAGCCGCCAAAGAGAAAACUGCCGCAAUCCAAAACGUAAUCUGA